AUGGCUAACCCCUCUCCAAGUACCCAUUCUUGCUAUUGGAGUUCCCAUUAUGUUCUUGUCGGUAACGAUUACUUUUGCGGCCAUUUCAAUUCAAUUCCUCCGAAAAUUGUAAAGCCCGCACUGGAUGGAAAUGAGGCAUCAUUAUUGAUACGUUUCUAUAAUUCUUAUCACGAAGGAAAAUUUCAGUUGAGCAUAAAAAGCGAAACAACCACUGAUAUUCAUUACCGUGGAUCCUAUAAUAUUUGCUCAGGUUCGCUGAACAACAGUUUGGAAUUGACAAACGACAAAGAUUACAUUACAAUUCAUUCCCCAAACUACCCGCAAGUCUACGAGUUUUGGAUAAACUGUAUAGCUCAAAUCAAGUCGAAUUUAAUGCUUACCUUAAUAUUUCACGAUUUCCAAUUUUACAAUUUUCCACCCUGCUCGGUAUAUCUGUCAAUAAAUGAUGUAAAAUACUGUGGACAUGACAUUCCCGAACCAAUUAUAAUAAACUCUUCUCCGAAUAUGACUCAAUUCGACUUGGAUUUCAACACAAGGAGCGACUGGUUUUUACCAGACUAUGACGAAGGCAAUGAUGGUAUGCGUGAUGUCUACAAGAGCUUUGUUGCUGCCAAUUCUUCUCUUGCAAGCGAAUUUUCCGCCAUGUAUACAAAUCUUACUGGAGAAGACGAAGAGAACUUCAACGGCUUAUUGAUAUUGAGAUUCUCUGCCGCUCGCCAAACCGGUAAGAAACGAAAACGUUCAGAAGAAGAAGACUAUGAUGUCUCUGUUACAAUCGCUGCUGGGUUCGAGCUGAAUAAGAAAUACCUGAUUCCCUUCAAUGUGAGCAAAAAGUGUAGCGACCCAGUCAAGAUUGAUUUUAAUGGAAUUGAUAAAGGAUCCAGGGACGCAAUAGGUUGUGAUCUCGCAGAGAAUGCAAGUUCUUUGGAAAAAAUGGCAAGAACUGCAAUCAACGAAGCAAUAUCUGAGAUCGACAUUGUGAAGGGGCCACCUUCGCUGGUCAUAUAUUCGGAACCGGGGACAUUUCUUAUUACAGAACUGAAUUACAGAGCUGGUGAAGAUGUGAAUGGCCGAGCGAUCAUCUACAAUCCUGUUAAUACCGGAAAAACGAGAAAUGAAAAGCUGAGUGAAAACCAAGGAAAAGGUUGUCUACCUGGUUGA